AUGCUAAUACAUGGUGUCAAAAAUCGUACCUACGCAAAGAUACACAGCAGCAUAGGUGGGCAUGAUCAAUAUACUGGCAAAAAUCCAUCCAAAAUACGAGAAAUUUACAGUGAGAUAAGCAUAAAAGUAUAUGUGUUUUACAGCUUACCUUCAGCUUCUGGUUUAGCAUUUCGGCAUGAGCUUAAGAUCAAACGAGCUCAAAGGCGAAUGAGUGAUGACAGAUGUCAAAAUAAGUCUAGAGAACAUCGAAAUUACAGAUCUUAUGUUACCACUACGUGCACUUUGGCUGUCCCAAAAGACAGCGCUGUCUUUCAAAAUUUAUUUAUUGUUACUGAGGGUGACCAAGAGCACAAUUGGGACAACAAGUCAAAAGAAGUAUUUUUUAUGAAAGAAAGCACACUGUUUUUAAACGGCCAGCGUUUGAAAUCAUUCGAAUCAAGCGAAAUGAGUAUAGCCAGUAUUCUACCAGGUCGAAUUAGCACGUCCGUAAAAGGUGGUCGCAGGCUUUGGAGGGAACAAGGAAUCACGCAAUAUAGCUCGCAAUUGUGUUGGUUGAUCGAAUGCUUGAAUACAUGUGGACAUUUAGGACUCAAGAAGAGGACGGAAAUUGAUAGACCCAGUAGACUAUAUACUGGCACCCAGGACACAACGAAAGUUACCAGGAAAACCUCAGAAAUAAUUGACUCAGAGGCCAGAAUAACAGGAGUGUUGGAAGCUGGAAUAACAAUUGAAGCUAGGCCCGACUGCAGUAACGUAGCUAAUGACAAGUCAGACAGACUAAGACUAUAGAAGUGUCAAAUUGCUUACAACUUGAAAAUAGCAGAGAAGAGUUAUGCCUAAAGUUAAUUAUCCCAAGAAUAGGGUGGA